AUGCGUCAGGGCUCCCAGUGGCAGCAGGCCCUGGCGGCCCUCCAUGCGACGGAGGCCUCGCUGGUUUGCGCCUCCGCGGCCAUCGCGGCGUGUGCCACGGGGGCGGCCUGGCAAGUGGCGUUCCUGGAGCUGCUGCGGCUGAGGACCCGCCUGGGUCGCUUCGACCCAGUGGCCCUGACCUCCGCCCUCAGCGCCUGUGAGCGCAGCUCCCAGUGGCAAAUGGCGCUGGCGAUGCUCUCGGAGAUCUCGGAUCCACUCGAGGCGGAAGUUACAGCCUUCAACGCGGCCAUGAGCGCCUGCGCCCAGGCUUCCGAGUGGCGCAGCGCAGUGGGGUUGCUGCGAGAGGUGGAAGCUCGGCGCCUGGCGCCCGACAACUACUCCUUCAACUCGGCAAUCAGCGCUUGCGACGUGAACUGGGAACAGGCCUUGCUGUUGCUGGAGGAAGCAGUGAGGCGCCGCCUGGCGGACGUGAUCUCCUUCAACGCAGCCAUCUCCUGCACCAGAGCCGCAGAGUGGGCCUUGGCCUUGGCCUUGCUGGACGCGCUCGGUACAUCUGGCGAUCCUUUUGACGUGGUGAGCCUCAACGUGGCCCUGGCCAGCUGUGCCCAGGCCCAGCGAUGGCGCCAAGCCUCUGACCUGGCGUCCAGGUUCGGAGGCGUCUCCGACAUCUGCAGCUGCAACUCUGCGGUGAAAGCUUGCGAGAAGGCCUCCAGGUGGCAGCAGUCCGUGGGCCUGAUGUCGUUGGCAACUCAAGGCGCCUUACGUGCAGAUGAAAUUACAUGCCACGGAAUCCUCAGUUCGUGCGGCAAAGCUACGGACUGGAGACGCGCCGUUCACGUGGUGCAUCAGCUUGGCACGUUCGUCGAAUUAAAUGUCAUCUCCUUUGACGCUGCCAUUGCUGCCUCUGACAAAGCAUCGCAGUGGCGCCACGUGUUGCUCCUGCAAUCCACAGCAUCAGAAGCCGGCGCGGAGUUUUGCCCCACGAGUCUGGGGGCGAUGCUGCGUGCCUGGCAGCGGGCUGGCUACUGGCUAAUGCUGCCCCAAUUACUGCAGCAGCUAGCGGGAAGCUUUGAGCUGAAUGCCACCAGCAGGUGCUCUCCAUGA